UAAUAAUCAACUAUUUAAGUGCGAACUACGAAGUGCGAAAGUGCAAUUAAUAAUAGGCGAUAAAGUUAUUUCUUCUCGCUAAUCCUUUAUAAUAAAUAAUUAUUACACACUAUUAAUUUAUGGUUUUUCGAUUGUGUGUUCACUUUUUUUCCGCAAACUUUUGGAACGAAAUAUUGUAAAUUUCUACGACUUUAAAAUUUUCUUAAAAUGUUCUAUUACCUAAUAUCAACAUAAUGUACUUAAUUUGUUUUAUAUGUUUGGCUAGUUACCUGAAAGGUAUUUUAGCAAUAGUAUUGUCCAGUAAUGUAUUUACUCCAUACAGUUUAAUUCGUCUUGCUCGCAGUACACAGAUACACAGUUUAAAAACUGCUCCUUCUAGUUUAGGACUUGCUAAUAAUGUACAACUGAACAAUAAAUCACAAAUUGUUUUGUUAACAGAAAAUUCCACAGAACUCAAUGACAAUUUUGCUUUAAAAGAACAAUAUGAACUUCAGAAUGAAACAGAUAUACUUGACAGAUCAAAUGACACAUAUACAAAUAUCACAUCUUUACCCGAAAUUUCAAGUUAUAUGAAUUCUCAUUUUGUUUUGAUAUCAGGAGCUUCUCUUGCGGGCUGUGUGAUUCUUCUAUCAUUUGUCAUUUUAGGAUAUAUAGUGUACAAAAAAAGUAGAUGGAAUACUCCCCAAGCACUGGAUCAUUGUAGCAAUGCAGACUCUAUUGGUUAUUUAGAUGACAUGUUCAAAGAAAAUUCUGAUGAAAUGUAUAGUUUGGACAACGAUUCAUUUUUAAAUAGCCUAGAAGCCAUGACAAUCCAAAACUACUGGACAGAAAAUGUCAAACAUACUAAAUUAUAAAUUUAGUAGAAAAUUAUCUUAAUAUGUAGUGAAGACAUGUUAAGUUAUUUAUUGGCUUGCGGCAUAUCACACUUCAUAAUAUACAAUAUACAUACCAUAAAAUAAUUAUAUUCUAUGUAUUCCAAACCAAAUUAUAUCCAAGUUAACAUCGUUAAGGUUAUGGUCUAUUCUUAAAAUGUAAAGAACAUAUUUUUUAUAUUUAGUCUUUUUCCGAUACUUUAUUUUAGAGGUUUAAUAAUAACAUUAAUAAAUAUUAUAUUUUUUUAUAGUUAUAUUGUAUAUUGUUAAAAUAUUGAACACAAUUAUGACUAAAUCUAAAAAAUAGGUUCUAAUUAGAAUUAAAUUUGUUAAUGUAUAACCUAAUAUGAUAUUACUAAAGAAUGGAGGGUUUAAAAUAUAUUUUACUGUAUACAGUGUGAUGAAAAACAAAAAAUGAUGUGUAUCAUAAGGCGAAAUUACUUCUAAUAAGGCGAAGUUAUGUACUCUCAUAUUUUUAUAUUUCAUUCAUAUAUUAGAUCUAGUUUUUUUUUUUUUAUGAACAAAAAUACUUUAGUAUAUUAUUCAAGUUUCAUUCCUUGUUCUCCAUUGAAUAUUAUGUUAUGAAUGUUUCUAUUUAGGUCAAUUUAGUAUUUUUAAAUUUCUUGAAUAAUGUCAUCUCAACUUUUAUUUCAGAUUUCAAUUGAUAGUUUAUAUGAAAAAUGAAUAACUAUUUAUCUUUGAAUUAUUUUUCUUAUGAGUGAUGUAUGUAUAUUAUUAAUUUCUCAGUUGUUUGUCACAUUUUUAUACUUCAGUCUUUGUUAUAGGUUGUUAAUAGAUGUAAGUUCCUAAGAUGUUGUGAUUUCUUAAUUAAUCUGUACUAAUUAAAAAUAUGUAUGUACUAUAAAUAUAAUUUUACUAUACAAAUUGUAUAUUAUUUCAUAAUAAAAUUAUGAACUUUAAACUGUAGCAAUAACGAUACAAAUAAUGUAACCAGAAGUAUUAAAUUCAUAUAAUAUAAAUUAAAAUAUGUGAAUACAAAGAUUUUAAAAUUAUUAUUGUUAUAGAUUUAGAAUAAACCUGUAACAAAUUUAUUUGUUCUUUACAAGUUC